CUCUUUCUCCCCACAAUAAGCCGCCCACCCACAACGCACGCCCCUCUUAUUUGACUCUUCCAAAUCCUCCCUCCGUCCCUCGUCAUUCCCGAUCCGAUGGAUCACGAUUCGUCCGCCCUACGACGCACCGCAGUUAUCGCCGGCCACUUCUCCGCCCCCUUCUCCUCCUCUUCCGUUCUCGAGCCCUCUGCUUGUCUCCACUACACCCCUCCCGAGCUCUCGGAGAAACCGCCGGCCUUCAGCACCUCCGCGCUCCGCCUUCUCCUCGAUGGCCACGACCUCGCUUCACGGGACUGGCUUUUCCAGAUCAUGGAGAAGAGCCCUCUCUUCUGCCCCCGGCCUCGCGGCGGCAGGACCUUCGUCGCGCCGGAUUACAACCAGAGCAAAGAGCAGCAGCGCCUCGUCACCAUGCGGCGGAUCGAGUACUUGCUUCGCCGCGGCGUCUUCGACGGGUGGCUCACAGGGAGCGACCCGGAGACGGAGAUGAGGAAGUUUGCCUUCCUCGAGUGCAUUGGAAUCUACGAUCACUCACUCACCAUCAAAUUAGGGGUCCAUUUCUUCCUCUGGGGAGGGGCAAUCAAAUUUUCUGGCACUAAGCGCCAUCAUGACAAAUGGCUCAAGGCUACUGAGAAAUAUGAAGUUAAGGGUUGUUUUGCAAUGACUGAGUUGGGGCAUGGAAGUAAUGUUAGAGGGAUUGAGACAAUUGCUACUUAUGACACAAAUACUUGUGAAUUUAUAAUCAACACUCCAUGCGAGUCAGCUCAGAAAUAUUGGAUUGGAGGAGCUGCUAAUGAUGCAACACACACAAUAAUAUUCUCUCAGCUCCUUAUAAAUGGAAUCAACCAAGGGGUUCAUGCUUUUGUAGCACAAAUUCGAGAUGCAGAUGGGAAUGUUUGCCCCAAUGUUCGUAUAGCUGAUUGUGGACACAAGAUAGGCUUGAAUGGUGUUGAUAAUGGCAGGAUCUGGUUUGAUAAUCUUAGAGUACCUCGGGAAAACUUGUUAAACUCUGUGGGUGAUGUAUUGCCUGAUGGGCAAUAUGUUAGCUCUAUAGAGGACCCAGAUCAGCGAUUUGCAGCUUUUCUAUCUCCGUUGACUUCUGGGCGUGUGAAUAUUGCAGUUAAUUCAGUUUACAUAUCAAAGGUUGGUUUAGCAAUUGCCAUAAGAUAUGCUUUGACAAGGAGAGCUUUUUCUAUCACUGCGACUGGCCCUGAAGUUCUGUUGCUGGACUAUCCUACUCAUCAAUGGCGUCUCCUACCUUUAAUUGCAAAGACUUGUGCCAUGAGCUCUGCAGCCAAUUAUUUGAAAUUAUUAUACAUUAAAAGAACGCCAGAGAAAAACAAAAGUAUCCAUAUAUACUCCAGUGCCCUCAAAGCUACACUUACAUGGCACAAUAUGAGAGUGCUUCAGGAGUGCCGCGAAGCCUGUGGUGGGCAAGGACUGAAAACAGAGAAUCGUAUUGGUAUUUUAAAAGGUGAAUUUGAUGUGCAAUCUACCUUUGAGGGAGAUAACUAUGUACUGAUGCAACAGGUUAGCAAAGCACUUCUUUCAGAAUACAUUGCAGCUCACAAGAGGAAGAGUCCAUUUAAAGGUUUGGGGUUGGAACACAUGAAUGACCCUCACCCAGUCAUUCCAGCUAAUCUAACUAGUUGCACGCUUAGAUCCAUCAAGUUCCAGCUGGACCUGUUCCGCCUGAGAGAGAGAGACUUGUUGAGUCGUUAUGCUAGUGAAGUUUCACAACAUCAAGCUCAGGGUGAAAGUACAGAGAAUGCAAUGCUCCUGAGCUAUCAACUUGCUGGCGAAUUGGCAAAGGCCUUUGUUGAACGCACUAUAUUGCAAAUAUUUGUGGAUGACGAGAUGGUUCAAUCUGACGGCCCCCUAAAGGAUGUAGUGGGGCUACUCAGGUCCAUGUAUGCCUUGAUCAGCGUGGAAGAAGACGCAGCCUUCCUCCGCCAUGGCUACCUAUCACUUGACAAUGCCGCUGCUGCACGGAAAGAAGCUGUCAAACUGUGUAGUGAAUUAAGGCCUCACGCCCUUUCCGUGGUGAGUUCCUUUGGUAUCCCCGAUGCUUUCCUCGGUCCAAUUGCUUUUGAUUGGGUUAAAGCCAAUUCAUGGUCUACCCUUAGCAACGAAUAAAUUCACAAGGGGGCUGAAACCAAUCAUAAGACGGUCGAUGGACCCUCCUUUUUUCCCCCUUUUUUUAAAAAAUAAAGAAUAAUGCGGCAGGUGUCUUAUGAUGUUUUAUAAUAAUUAAAUUAUGGACGAUUUUAGGGCAUGCCCGAAAUCUAAUGUAAUAAAGAUUUUCGUAAUUUUAAUUUAGUAUAUUUUUAUAACA